AGAAGGGCGAGGCGGGCCGCGCUUGCUGCGGGGGCCCCGGGGGACACGAACCGGCUUCCUAUUCAGCCCUCAACCGCGGGGAUCCAGCGCAGGAAGGAGCAGCGCGGGGCGCACGCUUGGCACCAUGACCCAGACACCCGCCUUCGACAAGCCCAAAGUAGAAUUGCACGUCCACCUGGAUGGAUCCAUUAAGCCCGAAACGAUCUUAUACUACGGCAGGAAGAGGGGGGUCGCCCUCCCUGCUGACACAGUUGAGGAGCUGAAGAACAUCAUUGGCAUGGACAAGCCACUCACCCUCCCGGGCUUCCUGGCCAAGUUCAACUACUACAUGCCUGCCAUCGCGGGCUGCCGGGAGGCCAUCAAAAGGAUCGCCUAUGAGUUCGUUGAGAUGAAGGCCAAGGAGGGUGUGGUGUACGUGGAGGUGCGUUACAGCCCACACCUGCUGGCCAACUACAAGGUGGCGCCGAUGCCCUGGAACCAGCCCAAAGGGGACAUCACCCCAGAUGAGGUGGUGUCCCUAGUGAACCAGGGCCUGCAGGAGGGAGAGCGAGACUUCGGGGUGAAGGUGCGGUCCAUCCUCUGCUGCAUGCGCCAUGAGCCCAGCUGGUCUGCCGAGGUGGUGGCGCUGUGUAAGAAGUACCAGCAUCAGACGGUGGUGGGCAUCGAUCUGGCUGGGGAUGAGACCAUCGAAGGCAGCAGCCUCUUCCCUGGACAUGUGCAGGCCUACGAGGAGGCUGUGAGGAACGGCAUCCACCGCACCGUCCACGCCGGGGAGGCUGGCACUGCAGAGAGGGUGAAAGAGGCUGUGGACAAUCUCAAGACAGAGAGGGUUGGCCAUGGCUACCACACCGUGGACGAUGAGGCCCUUUACAAAAGGCUGCUAGAGAACAACAUGCACUUUGAGGUCUGCCCCUGGUCCAGCUACCUCACGGGCUCCUGGAACCCGGACACGGAGCAUGCAGUCGUUCGAUUCAAAAGGGACCGGGCUAACUACUCGCUAAACACGGAUGACCCGCUCAUCUUCAAGUCUACCCUGGACACCGAUUACCAGAUGACCAAACAGAAGAUGGGCUUUACCGAAGAGGAGUUUAAGAGACUGAAUAUCAAUGCGGCAAAGUCCAGUUUCCUCCCAGAAGAUGAAAAGAGGGAGCUCCUGGACCUGCUCUAUAAAGCCUACGGGAUGCCACCUGCGGCCCCUGCAGCAGGGCAGCAACCAUGAAGGCAUCACGGCCACUGCUCCGAGCCGCACCCUGUGGAUGGAGAUUUCAUAGCUCUGGGGGGGGCGUCGAGCGACACCCACCUUUACUUCCCUGGGAAGACCAUGAUUUCCAUAGUCAGCUACCGAUGCUACUGGAAGCCUGUGUGCCCCUGCUGUACCCACACACAGCGUGGCAUGGUCAACUCCCUCCUCUGGUGAUUUAUGCUGAAAAGCUGGUGCUCAAAAAAGAAGCCAACGGCUGGUGUCGUGCAGCACGUGAUGCAUGGUCUUGGGCAGGACGACUGGGUGGGGUGAGAGAGAAAGGAGCGUCUAGGGCAGCCUGCCCAGUGGCAGGACCCAAGAGCCCAGCGGGGGCUGUGACUGGGAAGCCAGAGCUCCCAUGCUGCGGGGAGGGGCCCACACCUGCCCUCCCGAAGCAGCCAGGCUUCUCUGGAGGAGUUGUCUGCUUACAGGCUCCCUGAACUCUCAGCCCCUCCUGUUCUAGGUUUUAAGGGAAAACCUUCCCUUUGAGCUCCUGAAGCUGGACGGGCGAGAGAGGGCGAGGGAAGAAGAUUCCUCGGCCACCGGCAUCUGCUCAGUGUUUUCUUUCUGUGGGAGCUGGGGCAGCAACGGAUCGUAGCCGAAGUGGACGUGGCCUAGCUCCUGCUUGUGCUGUUUAACGGAGAAAUAAUCAUCGUAAACCAGCCACACAAAUCACCAGCAUUUAUUUCCUGGGUCCCAGGCGUUGUUCAUCUUGGUAGAAAGGAAGGACAGAGUUGAUCAGAGCACAGAAAUCCCUUCCCUAAAACUGGAUCUGUAAAGCUCCAGGAGGGAACCGCAGACUCGCGGAAUUUGGAUUAAAACGGCUUUCACAAAAAAGUGGA